AUGGAUAAUCCAAGUAAUCCCCUGAACUCUCCGGCCACUGAGUAUAACACGGCUGGAAUUGAUAUAGGAACUACUUAUUCUACCAUCUCAUACUAUGCCGUAGAUCGGACCAUUGAGGUCGGGAAAGAGGCUGGCAUGGAUGGUGGCGAUACUCCCUACAUUCCAUCCGUGGUAUGUAACCAAGAUCAUAUCGUAGUAGGUACGGAUGCCUGUAGAAGCAGAUACCGUAAUCGUGCUUGCACGAUUUAUGACAGUAAACGGUUUAUCGGUAAACGGUUUACUGACGAGUCCGUCCAGGAGAUAAUUCAUAAUUAUUCCUUUCCUAUUGUGGAGGGAAAGAACAGCCGUGCCGCAUUUAGGGUGGAAUGGCAGGGAAAGGAAGAGAUUGUGUAUCCCGAGCAGGUUUAUGCGAUGAUCAUUAACUAUCUGUGUGGUCUUGUCGAGAAAAAGACAAAGCGCCCCAUUGAGUAUGUAGUGGUGUCUGUUCCGGUGAAUUUCAAUGCGGACCAGCGAGCAUGCACGGAAUCUGCUGUAAAGGCAGCGAAUCGCCAUCUGCUCGCAAUGAUCGACGAGCCUUCAGCGGCCGCUAUCUCUUUCACCUCUCGAAACGUGGAGGACAACAAGACCAUCCUUGUGUAUGAUUUGGGCGGAGGCACGUUCGAUGUGUCCAUCAUGCGAAAGCUGCCGCGUGAAUACAAAGUGCUGGGCGUGGACGGAGACAGUCAUUUUGGAGGAAGAGACUUGGACAAGAUCGUUUUCGACGAGAUCGUGCGCCAGAUCCAGGAGCAGGACGCGAGCUUCGAGCUGACGGAGAGCAUCAAAGAGAGAAUCAACGUAGAGUGCGAGAAGUUAAAGAUCAAUCUCUCGACGACCAAAGAAAACGGAGCCACACACAUGUUUGAUUUGGGCGGCCAGGAAUACGAGGUUGCUCUCGGCUACAACGAGCUGGAGCGUUUGUUCGUGCCCGUGCUGGAGCCCACGAUGGACCGCGUGCGCAGCUGCCUGGACGCCUGCCGUCUAACGCCCGACGACAUCGACCACGUGAUUCUGAUCGGCGGAUCCUCCAACUGGCCGGGCGUGUCGCGCAUCAUCGAGCAGAUGUUCGACGCCGGGAAGAUUUUAGGGAGCGACGACCCGCGUCUCGCAGUGUCGCGCGGUACGCUGAUCUACGCGUCUACGCGCUUCAACGCGGGAUUGGUGACCCCUGUGAUGGAGGUUCGCAUGCUCCCCAGCGAGGCCAACGCGGGAAUGGUCGUCCCGCUGGCCGACGAUCCCGCGGGAAUGCGCUCGGACGAAGGCCUGCCCGUGGCUUUCGGAAAGACGGUAGUGAAGACGUUGCCGCCAACGACGACGAUGGCGCCGAGCGACGGCGACGGCGACCGCGGAUUGGUGGUGCCCAUCAGCGCCGCGGUGGUCCUAGACACGAUCGAUGACGAAGUGUCUCCGGAACCAAUCGUGGAAACGGAAAACGAGGAACCGAGAAACGAGGAACCAAUCGUGGUAACGGAAAACGAGGAACCGAGAAACGAGGAACCGAGAAACGAGGAACCAAUCGUGGGAACGGAAAACGAGGAAUAUAUAUUUGGGCAGUCUGACCGUGAACAGGACUUCACUCCGAUGCAGACUCCCACCAAAGGCAGCGGGGCCACGGCAGAACCUCCCAAGCCCAUCGUGGAGCCGCCUCUUGCCUCGGGCACCGCCAUCGUGAACUCGGUCGUUCAGGAGGCCAUCGGCACGUUCUCGACUCCCGUGGGAGAGAACCCGCCGAGCCUGACGACGACCUCGUCGAGCACUCCGUUGACCCUCAGCACGACUCUGAACACCUCGCUGUCCCCGCCGGAGCCCUUCCCCAAGCCUCCAAGCGUUGUACCGCCGUCUCCGUCGCAGGAGCCCUUCCCGAAGCCUCCAGGGAUCUCGCCGCUGCCGCUGCCGAGCGUGGUGCCGCCGCUGCCGAGCGUGGUGCCGCCGCCCGCGCCGCAGAUGGGUCCGUUCUGGAUCAAAUUGAUGCCGGGACGGAACUAUCUGAAGGUGAUCGCGAACGGACAGUUCGUGUUGCAGCGGAACGACACGAUCACGUGGUCGCACGAUCUGGAGGGCAACAACUGCGAGCUGAUCGACGUGAAUAAGAGCAACGUGCUCGUGAGCGACAAGCUCCACAUCGAUCUGGACGGAAGAGAAUACGACUUCCUCGGAAAGCAGAUCAAGCUCUGCAUCGAGAAGGGCAGUCUCAUCCUCCGCUGCAGCGAGCAGAUCCGCCAGAUCGAGUCCAAGCCCCCGCUCUCGAUCUCCGGCGUGAGCUCCAGCGGGCCGAGCGCGGAGCCCAUGUCGCUGCCGCCCAUCAACCCGCCUCCGCCGUUCGUGAAGGCGGUGCUGCCGCUGGACAUCGGCGUGGAGGUGCGGAGCGGCAAGAUGAGCGUGAUCAUCCCCAAGAACACGGCGCUGCCCUACGUCGGCGAGAAGAUGUUCCAGGCCAACGCGGGGUCGCCGACGGUCAUCGAGACGCAGCUCUAUCAGGGCUCGAACCUGCUGGAAUGCACGAAGAAUCACGAGCUGGGGCUGCUGAAGGCGUCGGGACUGACGCUGGGGAGCAAUGGCCGCGCGCAGAUCGUGGUGAAAGUGAAGGUGGACGAGGCAGGGUGCGUGGACUUGUCGUAUCAUCAGCUGGGCCAGAAGGAGAUGCGGUGCACGGUGUAUGGAAAAGUCGUGCUGGAUGACGAUCUGCUCGAAGAGCUGAGGAAUAAAGUCGGUGUAUGGCAGCGCGACGGAAGUCUCAUGCAGCGACAUAAACUCAUUUAUCUCGACACGGCGGAGUUGCUGGAGAAUUAUAAACGCAUGAAUGGGAAUGAUCAGAGGUGUGAGCAAUGGGAGGAGCGAUUAAAGGAUACGCGCGUGUGCGUGCCGUCGGAGGUCACGGAUGGUUUGCUCCAGCACAUGGAAGAUCUGCGAGAGCAGAUUCGAAGGGAAAUGGGAUAUCUGAGUUAA